GGGGCGGCAGCCAGGUGGCCGGGAGCACCCGCCCGGCCGGCGGCAGCAGGAAGCGGAGGCAGCGCGGCCUCGCGGAGCAGCCCCGGGAGGCGGGAGCCCGGGCCGGAGCGAGACCCGAUGGCAGGCCCCGGGGGCGCCGCCCUGGACGAGCUGUCCCGGAACUUCACGUACGGGGCGCUGGGCGCCGGCAACGGCUCCCUGUCGGGCGCCUGGUACCGCAGGAACCAGUUUCACCUUUUUGGAGUUUUGCUGGCUGUUUUAGGAAACUUGGUAAUCAGCAUUUCCCUAAAUAUUCAGAAAUAUUCUCAUCUUCAGUUGGCGCACCAAGAGCACGCAAGGCCCUUCUUCAGGAGCUUGCUGUGGUGGGGCGGGGCUCUCCUGAUGGCCCUGGGAGAGACAGGGAACUUCGCGGCCUACGGAUUUGCCCCCAUCACACUCAUCGCUCCCUUAGGCUGUAUGUCUGUUACAGGUAGUGCCUUUAUUUCUGCUAUGUUUCUGAAAGAAAAUUUGAGAGCCUCCGAUGUACUAGGUAUGACAUUGGCAUUUGCAGGAUCAUAUUUGUUGGUGAACUUUGCUCCGAACAUAUCCCAGGCUAUCUCUGCAAGAACAGUACAGUAUUACUUUGUUGGCUGGCAGUUCCUGAUCUAUGUGAUUUUAGAAAUAUUGAUUUUCUGCAUUCUCCUAUAUUUCUAUAAAAGAAAAGGAAUGAAGCACAUUGUGAUUCUACUAACCCUGGUGGCACUUCUAGCCUCAUUGACUGUUAUUUCAGUGAAAGCUGUCUCAGGCAUGAUCGCUUUUUCUGUGACGGAUAAAAUGCAGCUAACGUAUCCCAUCUUCUAUAUAAUGUUGAUCAUCAUGAUAGCAUCUUGUGUUUUCCAAGUCAAGUUCCUGAAUCAAGCCACGAAUCUCUACAGUACAGCAACGGUGGUGCCCAUUAACCAUAUUUUCUUUACAACCAGUGCCAUUAUUGCAGGCAUCAUAUUUUAUAAGGAAUUCCUUGGUGCAGCUUUUCUCGCCAUGUUUAUAUAUUUUUUUGGGUGUUUUCUGUCAUUCCUGGGUGUGUUGUUGGUCACAAGAAACCGAGAGAAGGAACAUCUGCCACAGUCUUACAUUGAUUUGGGGAAUAUUCCUGGGAAACAGACGUUGGAUAAAAUACAACCAGAUUCAAACGGUUUAUCCUGUGGCACGUUGCCUGAUGGAAGUGACUCAACAAAGAGCCAAAGUGGAGAGAAGAAAGAGGUCUGAAGUGCCGAGAGCAACGGCCGUGGGCCUGUUACUCGAUCCCACCUUCUUAAAAAGCUGCACAUGUUCCAUUUGUGUCGGCAGCUAGUUAUCACUGACAUGUGCUCGCGUGCGUUCCAGGUCUCUGCCCACCUCCCUCCUGUGGACACUCGGGCCUCCCUGCGCCCUGACAGCCUAAUGUUCGCAUGGAAUGUAACUUGAAGUGCCCCCCACCCCCGGGGCCUCUCCCUAGCCAGCCUCUGACCGCCUGGACCUUGAUGAGAGCCUGGCUGCCCGAGCAGAACCGCCACGCAGAAACGUGCCCGUGAUCUGGCCGCUGUUCCCAGCGUCUGGGAGUGCCGGCUGCUUUGCUUUAAAGAGACACUUUCCCCCGCAGCCUGACUCCUGGAACCCAGGUUUGAGAGCAAUCACAUUUUGAAAUCUUUUCUUAGACGCCCCAUAAAGGUCUCACCUUUCUGUUCCUAAAUAAGAACGAGGAGUCAUCUUUUCUGAAAACCAGCCCUACUAUGCGCCUCCUUUAAACAUGAAGGGUGCCUUUAAGUUCGAAUUUACAAGUGGCAUUCUGAGAUGGGACAGACCAAAACUAAAGACCUUGCCAGCUUCUUAAGCAAGGGAAAAAAACCUAAGAACUAGAACCAGUUUUUUAAAUAACAAUACAGAACGGUGACGAUUCCUUCAGCUAUUAGGAUCCUAUUACACUUGAAUUGAAAUGGAAGAAAAAACUUCAUAUUCUAUGCCUUCAUUUGCUUAGCUGUUAUAAUUUAUCAUGUGGGUUUGUAUGUUGUAACUCUUAACACGUCUCAAAAAAAAUCAUAUUUCAAUUCCUGGUGAUAUUUGCACUAACACAGCGUUUCUCCCCUACGUCAUUAUUUCAAGCUUUAUAAAUUCGCCCAGGUAAAAGAAACAGUUACAGAACAGGGUCCCAGCCAUUUAAAUCCUAGACAAGGCACACAGCCAGGGGGUCCAUCUGAGUCUAGAGAGGAAGGCCAGGGCUCCUGUCCCCUGGAGGGCUUUUCUGUUUCAACUAAGAACACAUACACAGGCAGCGUCCAUCAUCAUCAGUUACUUAUGAAUCUACCUAACAUUUAAACGAGGAGAAAAGAGUUAGCCUUCAUUGCAACCAGCAUCAAAUAAGAAGCCCUAUCCUUCAGGACAUUUCAAAACCUUCAGGUCACCUCUGACACGUCAGGACAGCGAGGUUCCAGCCACUUGUCUUGCCUUUGUGCGGCUUGGUUAACGCAGCCCUAUGGAGACCAGCUUUCAUGGCUGCAGGUCUUUGAUCGUGUUCUUGGUCAGACCCUGCACGCCUGACCAGACCAACCAAACCUGGCCACCAAGGCAAGAUUCAGAUCUAUCGCCAGCAUGUGCAUAAUAACCUAGAGCCCGUGCCUGGCUGUUGAACUCCUGCCAUUGUGGAAAGUGCCCUGUUAACUCGAAUAAAACAGUCGUAAUUUUAUGGCAUGUUUCACUGAAUGUUGGCACUGGAAGGCUCGGCUGGGAAAUGUGUCUGGUGUCUUAACCUACAGACUUCUGGUGACUCUUAAAACUGGUUCAAAGAUGGGGAAAACCAUUAGACUAAAGAGUUUUACCUGAAGGACUGGAAUUAUAGCUCCAGCACUUGAUUUUGAGCAUUGUAGAAUUUUGCACAGAGACAGGAGCAUAAUACCAGUACUUUAAAGAUCACCAACAUUUGCAUCUUUUUUAAAGUUUUGAGAAAUGACAUUGACUUGCGUAUAUAUAUAUAUAUAUAUAUAAGCAAUGGAGCAAUGCUCUAGAAGUCCAGGUAACAUAUAAACUAUAUUCAGAUCUAAUUUUACUUUCCAUAUUGCUGCCCCAAAAUAAGGCGAAUGAGAAUUUCAGUUGUGCCGGCUUGCAAAGAUGUUUUAAAAUCACACAGUGCCUGACAACAACCAAAGCCAACCCAGGCUUCUUCUGGCAUCAUGAGUCGGGGACUUGUAGCCAACACUUGACUCAUCUAUUUGUCUAGACCAGGGGUCUGCUCACUUUUCCUUUAGAGACCCAGAGAGAUGAUGUUUUGGGUGCACUGGCCAUACAAGUGUCGCAACUACUCCACUCGGCGGUGGUAGCAUGGACGCAGCCACAGGCAAUACGGAAACGAAUGAGCGUGGCUGUGCCUGUAAAACCUCAUUUCCACAAGCAGAUGGCCGGUCCUCGGGCUGGAGUUAGCCAACCCCUGGCCUAGACUCCUCUGCCACUGCUCUGCAGCUUCUUUCUCGUUCCUCGGGCACCCGGGAGCUCAAAAGAGCACCGUUUCACGGUUCAUGACAAGCUAAUACUCGGGGAGUGUAGAACCAUGUCUCGAUAUUCCCAUCAGGAUGUUCUUGCUUAUCUAUACAAGAUCCAAAUGGUAGCUGUGAGGCCAUGACUGGUGCUGAAGGUCCUCUCUUACAGGCCGCAGUUCUUGUGUGUGCCACCACCUCUACUGGAAAAGUCUCCCCAACCCCACUCUCCAACUUGAUAACAGCGUCAGAAAUGACUGGUAGUUACCUGGCCUGUGGCAGAGUAAAGCAGAAGUCUUUACCACCUGGUUGUUUUCAGUUUAAAUGUCUGCUUGCCCUGUACUGCUUUUGCUACCUUGAAUCGUUUGGGAAAAAAACAACA